UAAGAAUAAAAAUGGCGGAUCUGAUAAAUGCACUGAGUACGGCUGAGCUUGUUGAGUAUGCUAAAAACGAGUUUGGCGAGGAUGAAACACAAAUGAAGAAAGAUGUAGACUCAUUGCUACAAUGGAUUGAUAAAAGUCCUCAUUUGCAAUCUAUUAGAAAAGAUGAUGCAUUUUUGCGAGUUUUCCUGCGAGGUUGCAAAUACAGCCUCGAAAGGACAAAGGAGAAAAUAGAUUUUUUCUUCACCGUCCGAGGGAGCUGUCCUGAAUUUUUCGCUGACUGGAAUCCAGCUCUCGUAAAUGUUAAAACUGUUAUAAACGCGGGGAUAAUUAUUCCUUUACGAGGAUAUGACAAGCAGGGUAGGUAUGUUCUACUUCUCAAACCUGGAAAUCUAAAUCCUUCAACUUCAAAACUCGAGGAUUUACUCAAGUGCAACAUGAUGUUAACUGAGCUUGCUAUGCGAGAUAAUGCUCAAGCUGUUCUGAAGGGUGUCAGUAUUAUACAGGAUAUGUCAGGAAUGACGGCCGGACAUGCAUCUCUGAUGAGUGCAUCUCUAGCUAAGAAGAUUACUACUAUUUUUCAAGAUGCAUACCCUAACAAGCCAAAGGCUAUCCAUGUGCUGAAUGUGCCCGGGAUAAUGGAGAGUUUACUCACAUUGAUGAAUAGCUUGCAGAAGCAGAAGAUGAGAGACAGGCAGCAUGUGCAUCCUAAGGGUGAUUAUUCAAAACUUGUUGAAGAGCUUGGAACUGACAUUCUGCCAAAGGAAUAUGGAGGAACAAACGGAAUACUAGAUGAGCAUCGUGAAUUCUGGAAAACUGAGGUUGUGAAAAAUGCUGAUUGGCUUUUGCAGCAAACAAAGUAUAAAACGGAUGAGAGCAAAAGACCUGGUAAGCCUAGAUCACAUGCGGAUCUAUUCGGUAUUGAGGGAUCUUUUAGAAAACUGGAAAUAGACUGAUUCCCAUUGAUUUGCUAAAACUGACUGAUUCCCAGUACAUAUCGCAUCUUAUGUAGUGUUACCCAUAAAGGAUCAUGGUGAACUAAUUAGCACUUAGCGCAUUUGUUAAUAUCAUAAUAUAAUUUCUUUAAUCUUUCAA